AUGCCCCUCCGCUUCCCCUUCCGCCGGGCCGGUGCCACAGACCCUGUUCUUGGAGACCAACAGGGUGCUGUGGAGCGCGGGUUUGAGAAGACGCCUGUCACGGGGAGCAGACCGAAGGAUAUCAAGGAGCCUGUUGAGUACAAGUUGAGCGAGAUUAAUGAUGGAGGCGUGUUUCUUCCGCCCUCACCGAUAGAGAAGCCUACCUUCUGGCAUUCCAGAUCCAACACCUCGACCACCUCCUCAAACCACAGGAGCCUGCUCAGCGAAAAUGAACCCUUCAACAUCUCCCGCGAGAGUUUCGAGUCCUACAGAAGAUCCUUUGACAUCUCCGCCCGCUCCCCGAUUCCCGAGUACUUCGACAACCGCCCCCGCCUCUCCCUCGAUGCGAGACACUCACUAGACGCACGCCGCUCCCUCGACGUGCGCCGCUCGAGGGCACGGCCCCGCUCGUCGUUACAGGAACAGCGACCCAGUAGCAGCACCGCAGACGAGUCUCCGCACGCAGAUGCCGAUGCGGAGCAGGAAUUCGAAGACGUAGGACUAGACGACGAGCCGAAGCCUGCGCCCAAGAAGAAAGGCUUGUUUGCGAGGUUUGGCGGAGAGAGCAGCCAUGAGAAUGGCGCUGCUGGGAGUGAGGAAAAGUCCUCUGGAUCCGGGGUGUCGUCGCAUCUGCAUUUUGGGUUCCCGGGCAGGAAGAGGGCGCAGAGUGGGCAGGGGGCGGAGUUGAAGAGUAUGAGUCGGGCGGCGGAGUCGGCGCAGGGGGAGGCGCGGACGCAGGUGGAGGGGGUGUGAGUGUGAAAAAAUGGCGCGGAGAGAGUGGUGUAUGAUGACGUGGUAUGACUGAUGAGGAUGCAUGUGGGGAUUGCACGGAUUUGGGUUGGGAUAACAUGAUUUUGGGUUGUGCGCCACGGAGGCUGUACACGGCGUCUGGAGUAUUGUCAAUGGGUCUGAGGUUUGUUGUUGUUGUUGCUGCUGUUGGGAGAGACAUUGACAUUGACAUGACGGCAUGAAUAUUUGUCGCAUUGGAACAUGCUUGUAUAACGAGCGAAUGAGACGGACUUGGGCCCGUUGGUCUGAUUGGAUGAACGUAUUCCACCGAGGCUUU